AUGGAUGACCCGAGAUUGUUUGACGAAGAAUAUUUAGAUUUUAUUCAACGGGUCGAAAAUAGAGAAAACCAUCAUCCCCGACGGUAUUUACGUGAUGGUCAAAAUCCUUGCGAAUUCUUCUCCGACAUCGAAUUCGUCAAACGUUUUCGAUUUUCUAAACAGAUUGUGAUGGACACUAUUGUGCCUCUUGUUGCUGCCGACAACAAUGAUAGGAGAGGAUUGCCAUUGCCACCAGUUCUUAAAGUUGUAAUAGCCUUGCGAUUUUAUGGCAGCAAUAGUUUUCAGAAUGUAUGUGGUGACCUAUGCCAUGUCAAUCAAGCAACAGUGUCAAGGAUUGUAAAGGUUGUUUCUGCACAAUUGGCCGAGCACCUUUUGGAGUAUGUUUAUUUUCCUGGACGGCAGCAACUUCAAGAAUACCAUAGGCAGUUCUAUGUAAAUGGUGGCUUUCCUGGUGUAACUGGGUGCAUAGACUGCACUCACAUUGGCAUUAGAAGCCCUGGUGGCCAGUUUGCAGAACUCUACCGUAAUAGGAAGGGUUACAUGUCUCUCAAUGUUCAGGUUGUCUCAGGUCCUAACCUUGAGAUUCUUGAUAUUGUGACAAGGUGGCCUGGCAGUACACAUGACUCAAGGAUUUUCAGCAACAGCCGGGUGAUGACUCGUUUUGAAAAUAGAGUUCUGCCAGGAGUACUGCUGGGAGACAAUGGCUAUCCUCAACUGCAUUUUCUUUUUACUCCAAUACUGGUGCCAAAUACAGUUGAGGAAACUCGCUACAAUGUAGCCCACAAGCGGACCCGGAAUACAGUAGAAAGACUGUUUGGAGUAUGGAAGCGGAGGUUCUCAUGCUUGGGACACAAGCUACGCUCAAGUCUCCAUACUACCAGCAGGGUCAUCGCUGCAUGUGCUGUUUUGCAUAAUAUAGCUGUUGCACGUGGUGAGCCACUGCCACCUCCUCCAGCUGACGAGGAGCACUUCAUGCCUGCUGUUCCUGUUGCAAAUGCGGCACCACGAAAUAAUCGUGGAGUUGAAGUGCGUGCAGAUUUUAUUCAGCGAAACUUUUUCUGAAUUUCGUUGAUUUAUUUUGAGUAGAUUGAAAACCCUGUCUUACCACCAAUGUUAUUUUUUAAUCAACAUGUAAUCACAAAAGCAAACGGCGUAGAAUCUAUACUAAUAUUAUAAAACUGAAGAGUUUGUUUGUUUGGACGCGCUAAUCUCAGGAACCACUGGUCCGAAUUGAAAAAUUAUUUCAGUGUUGGAUAGUACAUUUAUUGAGGAAGGCUAUAGGCUAUAUUAUAUUAUCAAUAACAUUAGGGAUUCUUACUAAAAGUCCAAUUUAGAAUCAAAUGUGUUGGAGGGGGUUAGAUACAACAUGCAGUACACGUACGAAGUGUGUGUUGACAAUGCCGCAGGCGCUAGAAGUUUAUUUCCUAUUGCAUAUUAACAUUGUUGCCACGCACUAGAUGCCUUAUCAUUCUUAAUUUUCCCAUACAAGUAUAAAACACCCGUGUGAUAUUAACAACGAAGCAAUCAGUACCGUCAUAAGAGUUUUUUAGUAUUUAAAUACUUUUUAUCACUUUAAAUCACAAACCUAAACUAUUGUUUUUUUUCCUCUCUCUGUGUUUAAUUUGAUUUU